CUAUCAUUAAAUCGUUUCUCAAUCUUUACAACUACUACUCUUUAGAGAGAGAAACACAGGGUUCUUGAAAAGAGCAAGAUCGAGAGAGUUCAAAAACCAAAUUCCCGAAAUUUAGAAAAAAAAAAACAAAAAUUCGUCACUGUUAGAGGUGGAUCGGAGGCCCAGACAGUCGGAGGAAGGCGGAUCUGGUUAGUUACCAUGGAAGGAGUUGGGGCCCGACUGGGGCGGUCCUCGACCCGUUACGGACCGGCAACGGUUUUCACCGGACCGGUGAGAAAGUGGAAGAAGAAAUGGGUUCACGUUUCACCUUCUUCCGCUUCUUCUAAUUCCAAUAACAACGCCAAUCACAAUCACGGUUCUUCUAAUAACGGUAAUAACAACGGUUCUCAUCUUCUUCUUUAUAAGUGGACGCCUAUUACUCAGAGCCAGAACACCAACAAUAACGGCAGUCAUGGGAACGUUAAGGACGCGCAGAUUGAACCGGUGGAAGAGCCUCCCCGGAGGAAAUUUAAAUAUGUUCCGGUUGCUGUACUAGAGGAGCAGAAAAAUGAGGCCACCGAAAUUGACGAGGUUGCUGAAAAGGUAGAAGAUGAAUCUAAUCCAAUAGAGGCCGAUUCAAGUGCAGCAGAACCAACUAGCAAGAAUGAGAUUUUGGAUGAAAAACCUGAUAUAAAUGACGUCCCAAUGGAAGAAAGCGAGCCUCAAGAUAAAAAUCAGGUAGUUCGUCAAGAUCUCAAUGAGAGUUUGGAUUUGAGUUUGGGUCUGACAUCACAUGAUGAGGAGAAUGAUUCUGAUUCAAAAACUAAUCAAACUACAGAAGGCCAGUAACGCAAAGUGAGCUCAAGUGGCACUGAGACAUGCGCAGGGUUGCCUCGUCAUUCUAAGUGAUUCAGACUAUAUAUUGGCCUAAUGGAAGUGAGUUUUCACCCUGGCUAGAUGGUUCACUCCCUGGCUGGUUUAGGUUGGAUUAUUGUGGUGGCAUAUGACAGUUGUAUGUUAUUAUUAUGCAGUGUCCUUGCUGGUGUAAUCAGAAUAUGUAAUGCAAGAACAUAUAUACAUUUUCCCAAUCAUUGGACAUAAUUUUUUUCCUAGGCAGCAUAUUCUGGACUAAUGAGAUUCUAUUUUUUUCCUA